AUGAAGUGCUUUCAUCGCGAACCCGCUGCUCAUUCGACAACUCAGAACGGUUCAUUUUGGUUUUGUGGUCAAAACCCUACCUGCAAUUUCUUCUGUGCAGAAGAUGAAGACCAUUUGUAUGAAAAAGCUAUAACUGCAUGGAGAGCUACGAAUCAGCCUCAUCCUCGGUGCGAUGAACAUCAUAAGCUUGCGAAAAUGUGUGUGGUAAAAGAUUUGAUGAAAGUGAAUUAUGGAAGACCGUUCUUCGUGUGUGGAGAAAAGACGAAGCCUUGUUCCUUUUGGAUGUGGGGUGAUGUGCAGCCAUUAGCGAAACCGGAAUGUCGCCAUGGAUUACCGUGUGUGGUCUGUAAGGUGAAAAAAGAAGGUCUUAACAAAGAUCGAUUGUUCUUUAGUUGUCCUAAUGACAAGGAGAGUUCGUGUAGGUUUUUCGAGUGGGCACCUGACGAACAAUUGGGAUUUUUUCAAUCCGUGAACCUAUCACUUUUUUCUAAUGGUCCACUAGAGGGACAGAGUUGCAAUAAGAACAGUUAUUUAACAACUAAAUUCAUGCAUGAUUUUGCAAACGAGUUAAAGUUGUAG